AUGUUUGUUAAACUAGUAAAAAAAAAAAAAAAAAAAGGGGGGGGGGGCAGCAAAACAAGAAUGGGGUAUAUUACGUCAUCAUCAAAAUUACACUUUCUUGUAACUGUACAAGAGGAACAAAGUCGUUUAUGGUUGUUAGCUCUGUCGGAAGAUUGA